AUGUGCAAAUCACUCUUGAUGGUUGCUCUAAUCUUUACCGCUUGUAAUGCUGUAGAUGAUGAGGAUUAUUUCGAGUUCACCUGCCCACGUGAAGACGGCCAAUUCGAAGAUCCUUACCAAUGCGAUAAAUAUUAUGAAUGCAACAACGGAAAUGUAAAAGAAAAGCUGUGUCCUGAUGGGCUUGUUUUCAGUCCAAGUAGUAAAUUAAGUAACAAAUGUGAUCAAGUUUUUAACGUUGAUUGUGGAAACAGAAAAGAACUGCAAACACCAAAACCAGUUGGUGUAUGCCCUAGACAAAAUGGAUUCUUUCCACACCCAGACUCGACGAUAUGCAAUGUAUUCUACAACUGUAUUAAUGGUCGCGAACUGGAAAUGACAUGUGUGGCUGGCCUACACUUUGAUUCGGAAACCGGUACAUGUGUUUGGCCAGAUAUGGCAAACCGUGUAGACUGUGGUAGCAACGCUAAUAAAAAACUGCAAGAUGGGUUCCAAUGUCCAAAAAAUUUCAAAAAAAUGGAUAAAAAUGGGCAAAUAGUCACGCAUCCUAACUUCCCACAUCCUGAGGAUUGUGCAAAAUUUUAUAUAUGCCUUAAUGGUAUUGAACCGAGAGAGGGUACCUGCGAUGAAGGUUCGGUUUAUAAUGAAGAUCUCCAACGAUGCGAUGCACCAGAAAACGUGCCAGGGUGCGAGGAGUGGUAUAAUGAAGCGGACAAAACAGAGAAUUAAAACCUGUUUCAAGAAUUCUAGUUUUAUAAGGCUAACACAAAUAGAACUCAUAAGUAUUUUACUUUUAAG